AUGUCUAUUUCAGAGAAACAGACGACCAUUCAGAUGAAUGACGACAAGCGCCAUCAUCACUACGACGACCACCCUGACCACCAGGAGCUCGACAUCCACGAGGAGAACCAAGAAGAGGAAUACGAGGAGGAGGAGGAAGAGUACACCGGCCGCUUCCCCUUCUACAACACCCACAGAUCACUCAUCAACCACAUCAUCACCUUUCUCAUCAUCACCGGUCUUUUCAUCCCCGCCGUCAUCCUCCGCAAGGAGGGCAACAUCCUUGUUCUCUCUCUUUUGUAUGCCGCUGUUGUUUGGUGGUUGCUUCUCCAGCACCUCCCCGUUGGAUCAGUUUCGGGCCCCAUUUCUUUUGUCUGGAACGGUGGUGCCCAUGCCAUUGAGAUGUUGCCCCCUUUGCUUGUCAAGAUUAUUGGAUAUGGUGUCCCUCCCCUGGCAUUGAUCUUAACUGCAGCCUUGAGAGCCGAUGACGUUCAUGGUACCCGUGCCCAGCGUCUUAUCUCAUGCUUGGGUCUUGUUGUUCUUUUGUGCAUUACCAUUGCCUGUUCCAAGAAACGCUCGGCCAUCUCGUGGAAGAUCGUCUGGACCGGCAUCUUCAUGCAGUACAUCCUCGGACUCUUGAUCAUCCGCUGGUCCGUCGGGUACGAUAUCUUCCAGUUCAUCGCCCAGCAGGCAGAGUCCUUCCUCGGCUACGCCGCCCAGGGUCGCGAGUUCAUCUUCGGCGUCAACUCCGCCACCUUCCACGGCGAGACCAUCCCCUUUGCCAGCUCCUUUGCCAUCUCCGUCCUCCCAGCUAUCAUCCUCUUCGCCGCCGUCAUCCAGUGCCUCUACUACUACAACAUUGUCCAGUCCGUCGUCGCUGGAAUGGCUAAAGUCGUCAUCCACAUCAUCGACAUCUCUGGUGUCGAGUGUGUUGCCGCCUGCGCUGCUCCCUUCGUCGGAAUGUCUGAGGCCUCGAUGUUGGUCGGUCCCUUUGUCUCUGAGAUGACUGAGGCCGAGUUGCACCAAGUCUUGACCUCUGGUUUCGCCACCAUUUCUGGAUCCGUCUUCUUGGGCCUCUUGACCUUCAACGCCGAUGCCACCGCCCUCUUGACCUGCUGCAUGAUGUCAGUUCCCUGUGCCAUUGUUAUCUCCAAGAUCCGCUUCCCCGAGGAGGAGGUCCCCCUGACCAAGGGAACCGCUGUCGCCCCGGCCUACAAGGACCGCGAGUCGAACGCUAUCCACGCCAUCUCCAACGGAGCCAUUUUUGGUAUCAAACUCUGCAUUGUCAUCAUUGCCGUCUUGUUGGCUGUCAUCUCCCUCCUCGGUCUCGCCAACGGUUUCUUGGGCUGGAUCUUCGAUUUCUAUGGUGUUGAUAUCUCGAUCGAGAAGAUUGCCUCCUGGAUCCUGUACCCCUUGGCCUGGUUGAUCGGUAUCCCCACUGUCGACUUGACUGACGCUGCGGAGGCCAUGGGCAUCAAGUUCAUCUUGAACGAGUUUGCUGCUUUCGCCAUGUUCACCGGCAAGGUUGCCACCCUCCAGCCCCGUACUGCCCUCUUGACCACCUAUGCCAUGGCUUCCUUUGCUAACAUUGGUUCCAUCGGUACCCAGAUCUCGUUGUUUUUGACUUUGGCUCCCGAUCGUGCUGAUGCCAUUGCCCGUCUUUCUUUGUCUGCUUGCUUGUGCGGAUCGGUUUCGACCUUAAUCUCUGCCUGCAUUGCUGGUAUUGUCUCGUAA